UCACUAUUAAAACCCUAAGCCCCAAGCCCGCUCCCUACCCGCCUGGCGCCAAAAUCCCCGUCAAUCCUCAGUCCUAUAUAAACCCUAAUUCAAAGGCAUUUCCUCGCUCUCAAGAGCGGGGAACCGCUGAUUGAAAAAAAAAAUCUCCAUUUCUCUCAUUUCCAACCCUCGAGAAACUCCAAAUUAGGGUUUCACUUGCAAUCUCCUGCGUCGGUCGAUCUAAAAUCGCCUCAGCUUUGAUCACUGCCUGUUAACUGAUAUCAGAACUCCCAAUGUCGAAUUCCGUCGAUCAAGACCAGCGAUGGCUGCUCGAUUGCCUGACUGCAACGCUGGAUACGAACCACGACGUCCGAUCGUUUGCGGAGGCAUCGCUGCACCAGGCAUCUCUGCAGCCAGGUUUUGGAGUUGCAUUAUCCAAAGUCACUGUCAGCAAGGAGCUGCCACUGGGAUUGCGCCAGCUGGCUGCCGUCUUGCUAAAGCAGUUCAUAAAACAGCAUUGGCAGGAAGAUGAAGAGACUUUCAUACAUCCCGUUGUUUCAACUGCAGAAAAGGAAGCUGUACGUAGACUUCUGCUACAGGCUUUGGAUGACCCUCAUGGAAAAAUCUGCACUGCGGUUGGUAUGGCUGUGGCAUCCAUUGCACAUUACGAUUGGCCAGAGGAUUGGCCCGACUUGCUGCCAUUACUCUUGAGGCUAAUUAGUGACCAGGCCAACAUGAAUGGAGUACGCGGAGCUCUUAAAUGCUUGGCCCUUAUCUCCGAUGAUAUGGACGACAAGUUGGUGCCGAAAUUAGUGCCUGUUCUAUUCCCGUGCUUAUACACAAUCAUAUCAUCUCCUCAUAUCUAUGGCAAACCUUUACGCACAAAAGCUCUUUUAAUUGUUCACUCCUGCACAUCAAUGCUGGGGGCAAUGAGUGGUGUAUAUAAGACAGAAACAAGAGGAUUAAUGAUGCCAAUGCUUAAAAUAUGGAUGGAACAAUUCUCAGUUAUUUUGCAACCUGCAGUGCAGUCUGAAGAUCCUGAUGACUGGAGCUUUAGGAUGGAGGUAUUGAAAUGCUUAAUCCAGUUUGUUCAGAAUUUCCCAAGCAUGACAGAAGCAGAAUUCACUGUCAUCUUGGCACCUUUGUGGCAGACAUUUGUAUCAUGUCUAAAAGUAUACGAGUCGUCCUCGAUCCAAGGUAUAGAGGAUUCUUAUACUGGAAGAGUUGAUUCAGAUGGUUCAGAAAAAAGCCUCGAGUCCUUUGCUGUUCAGUUAUUCGAGUUGUUAUUGACCAUCGUGGGUAACUACAAAUUGGCAAGGGUCAUUGGAAGUAACUUCAAAGAGCUGGUAUAUUAUACUAUUGCUUUUUUGCAAAUGACUGAGGAACAGGUUCAUACUUGGUCGUUAGAUGCUAACCAAUAUGUUGCUGAUGAGGAUGAUGCUACCUGUAGUUGCCGUAUUUCAGGGCUUUUGUUACUUGAAGAGGUGGUUGCUUCUUAUGGUGCUGAUGGGAUUGAUGCUAUAAUAGAAUCUGCACAAAGACGAUUUACUGAGUCCUGUCAAGCAAAACUUGCUGGUUCUACAGAUUGGUGGAGAUUGUGGGAGGCAGCUAUGUUCGCAAUGGUUUCUCUUUCAGAGUCAUUGUCUGAAGCACAGGUUCCAGAAUCAGUCAAAUUCAGAUUAGGAAGUCUUCUAGAGCAAAUGCUCACUGCAGAUACAGGAACAGGGUUUUAUGAAUAUGCCUUCCUUCAUGCACGGGCAUUUUCAACAGUUGCUAAGUUUUCGUCAGUGAUUGGCCAGAGUGUUCUUGAUCAGUUUCUCUGUGCUGCUAUUAAUGCAAUUGCUCUAGAUGUUCCCCCACCAGUAAAAGUAGGUGCUUGUCGAACGAUAUCCCAGCUCUUACCAGAAUCGAGCCAGGGGAUUCUACAGCCUCAGAUAAUGGGUUUACUUUCAUCACUAUUAGAUCUUCUUAAGCAGGCUUGUGAUGAAACCCUACAUUUAGUACUAGAAACACUGCAAGCAGCAAUUAAGGCAGGCCAUGAAGCAUCUACAUCUGUAGAGCCAAUUAUCUCCCCUGUGAUACUUAACAUGUGGGCGGAACAUGUUUCAGACCCAUUCACUACUAUUGACAUUGUUGAGAUUUUGGAGGCUAUCAAACUCGCCCCUGGUUGUAUGUGGCCGCUUGUUUCUAGGAUUUUACCUUUCAUUGGGCCUAUAUUGGAAAAACCGCAACAGCAGCCCAUUGGAUUAGUUGCUGGCUCAUUGGAUCUCUUGACCAUGCUAGUGAAGGGUGCUCCUAUUGAUAUAGUUAAAACAGUAUACAAUGUUUGCUUCAAUUCUGUUGUCGGGAUAAUACUCCAGAGCGAUGAUAAUAGUGAGAUGCAGAAUGCCACAGAAUGUUUGGCUGCACUUCUAUUGGGAGGAAAGCAAGAGUUGCUUGCCUGGGGUAGUGAUCCAGGGUUUACAAUGAAAAGUCUUCUCAAUGCAGCUUCUAGGCUCCUGGACCCUGUCUUGGAUGGCUUUGGAUCACUUUUUGUUGGUAGCUACAUUCUGCAGCUUAUUUUGCACUUGCCUGCACAAAUGUCACAACACAUCCGAGACCUUGUUGCUGCUAUUGUUAGGCGCAUGCAGUCUUGUCAAAUGGCAGGGUUGAAGAGUUCAUUGCUGCUUAUCCUUGCUAGACUGGUUCAUCUGAGUGUCCCAAAUGUUGAACAAUUUAUUGAUUUGCUGAUCAAUGUACCAGCUGAAGGCCAUGAGAAUUCCCUUGCCUAUGUGAUGUCAGAAUGGACCAAACAUCAGGGAGAAAUUCAGGGAUCAUACCAAAUUAAAGUUACAACAACUGCUCUGGCUUUGUUGCUCUCCACACGGCAUGUAGAAUUGGGAAAAAUAUAUGUGCAAGGCUAUCUCAUCAAGACAACUGCAGGAAUCACCACUCGUUCGAAAGCGAAAUUAGCCCCAGAUCAAUGGACAAUGAUGCCUCUUCCUGCAAAGAUCCUUGCGUUAUUGGCAGAUAUGUUGAUUGAGAUUCAAGAACAACAUCUGGAUGAUGGUGGCGAAGAUGAUGAGGAUAGUGAUUGGGAGAUAGUUAAAGACCCAGAUACUGACCCUCGCCAAGAUAUGUUAUAUUCAAUGAGUUCUGCAACUGCCAGACCCACCAUUGAGCAUCUUGAUGCUCUUGCUAAAGCCAUGAAUAUGAGUGAAGAUGAUGAUUGUGAAGAUGACAUAUUGAAAGGAGAUGAUCCUAUUAAUGAGAUUAAUCUGGCAAAGUACAUGGUGGAUUUCUUCACAAGGUUUUCCAACGGUGACAGACCGCUGUUUGAUCAUCUCUUCCAGAGUCUAACCAAGGCACAGCAGAAUGCUAUACAAAAAGUUAUUGAAGUAGUGAACUGAUUUUUGUAAAUACCAAGGGUAGCAGUUUUCAUCAAUUGAAAGUUGGAACUCCAAUAUAGCAUUGCCAGUGCCCUAAGUCACGUUUUUUCUUGGUAACUGUCAAGUUUGUCCUGCUACAUUAUCCACCUGUCAAAAUAUGUCCAUAUAAAUAAGAACGAGAUCUUGUUGAUUGUGAAAAUAGUUAGUUUGGAAAAGGGUUAGUCCUGCCUCUACUUCAAAAUUCGGUAUGACAAAGUAUUCAUCAAAAACCGAAAAAAAAUUAAAAAAAUAUAUAAAGAAAAGCUCGGUAUGACAAGUAGGGAAUGAAAUAAAGAAGGGGAAUGAUGUUGCAUGAA